ACCGGACAAUAUUUAACGUGGCACGCUGUCAUAACUACAAAUCGAGGGGGUUGUAAAGCUCUUUGUGGGAGCAAAGUUGCCAAUCCGAGUUAGGCUUACAAAAUGGAGGAGGAGGAUGAUUGUCCAGAGUUGGUGCCCAUUGACAGCCAGCCUGGUCCCCCAGCUCGGCAGAUCCCCGUCACUAUCAUCACCGGCUACCUGGGUGCCGGGAAAACCACACUGCUGAAUUAUAUCUUGACGGAACAACACAAUAAGCGAAUUGCUGUCAUUCUCAAUGAGUUUGGAGAAGGGAGCGCGCUUGAGAAGUCGCUGGCAGUGAGUCAGGCAGGGGAGCUGUAUGAGGAGUGGCUGGAGCUGAGAAAUGGCUGCCUUUGCUGCUCUGUCAAGGACAACGGGCUCAAAGCCAUUGAAAACCUGAUGGAGAAGAAAGGAAAGUUUGACUACAUCCUUUUAGAAACAACAGGACUUGCUGAUCCAGGAGCUGUGGCCUCCAUGUUUUGGGUCGACGCAGAGCUCGGCAGUGAUGUCUACUUAGAUGGGAUUGUGACUGUCAUUGAUGCCAAAUAUGGGCUUCAGCAAUUAAAAGAGGAAAAAGCAGAAGGACUUGUCAAUGAAGCAUCCAGACAGGUUGCUCUUGCUGACCUCACCAUUAUCAAUAAGACAGAUCUGGUGGAGGAGGAGGAACUGGACCAAGUUCGAGACACUGUCAGGUCUAUAAAUGGUCUUGUUAAGAUUUUAGAGACCCAGAGAUCAAGAGUGGAUCUCUGUGACGUUCUGGAUCUGCAUUCAUUUGACUGUCAGGACGGAGCAAAACUCACUGAGAAGCUCCAGCUUGCGAAACCGACCAGACCACAUCUGGACAAGCACAUCGUUUCCUGCAGGAUAAAGGGGAAUGCGCUCUCAGAGCCCUGCAUUACCCCGAGGCUUCAACACUUCAGUGAAAACUCCUGCCCUGCUAGUAUUUUAACUGCGACGUUUGAGGUGACGGGAGACCUCUGUGAAGAUGCCCUAAAUACCUUCAUCCAAGAUCUGCUUUGGGAAAAGAAGUUCUGUAACAAAGCAGGGGAACCCAUGAGUGUCAUCCGGUUGAAGGGUAUAGUAUCAUUUGCAGGCAAAGCGCACCAAGUAAUGCUGCAGGGGGUCCAUGAGCUAUAUGAGUUAAAUGAGACUCCACAACUUUGGGAGGAAAACCCACACACAAACAGGCUGGUCUUUAUAGGAAAGAACCUGGACAAGAACAUCCUGCAGGAGAUUUUUAUUUCUACUGUUGUGAUGGAUGGAGUUAAAAAGUAGUUUUUUAAGCUCCUUUGUGAAAAUCUCUGUAGUUGAUUGUGUAGUAAAAAGGUGAUGGCAGAUUUCAUAGAACUGAUUAUGCUUCUCAAACUCUAUUUUCUUCUAUGGAUGACUGAAUGGAAGAAUAGUAAGUAAAAAUGACUGCAACUAUUUUAACUUGUGAUAUUUAAUCACAACCUCUACUAAAGAAAGGGCUAGAGUAGGAAAUAGUGAAAAAAAUGUCUAACUCCUAAAGGAUUAAAGAGAGUGAUUAACAUAUUGCACUUUUUAAAUGAGCUUGCCACUACAGUAUUUACAUUUCUGAUACUCAAUUGGACUUGUAUCCAUAUGUCAGACUUUUAUCAGUUCUGUAUUUUUGAAUUAAUUUAAAUAAAAUUUUCUUCAUUAAAUUAA